AUGGUUGCGGUCGGGGAAUUGCUAGCCUCUGUCACGCUGAAGACGGUUUUCGGCAAGCUGACUAGCCUUACCUUGGAUGCCACCUGGAUCGAGAUUGCUGUGCGGCUGAAUUUCAGUGAAGAUUAUAGGAGCAUCAAGGACAAGCUGUAUUUUAUCCAAUCUUUCCUCAAGGACGCGGAGAGGCAGUCGUCAAGGCUGGAGAGCGUCCGUCACACGCUUAAGAAGCUCAAGGCUGCAGCUUAUGACUUGGAGGAUAUGCUGCUACUCUUCGAGUCCUGGACCACCCCCCACAAGGGUGAAGGCCUUGCGCUUAGCGCCAAGGCUAAAAAGGGGUUAGUUUUGUGCUUUGAAAGGUUGAAGAUGCCUCAUAAAAUGAAAAGAAUGAGGGAAACCAUAGAUGAGAUAGUAGAUCUUCAGAAUAAAUUCAACUUCAUAGAACGCACUAGCGACAAUGAUGAAGAAGUAAUCAGGAAACGGGAGACACUCUCAGAUGCUGAUGAAGUCCCUGUUGGGAGGAUGGAAGAAAAAGAAAGAUUAAUCAGUAUGCUGCAAACAGAUCACUCAAACUGCCUCAUUGUUUUUAUCUCUGGCUUCGCAGGAGUAGGUAAAACUACUCUUGCCCAGAUGGUCUUCAACGAUGAUAGAACAAGGCAAUUCUUUAAAAUCCAAGCGUGGGUCUAUGUCUCUGUAAAAUUUGAUAUCAAGACCAUCGGUCAAUCUAUCAUCUCCCAACUGGAUAAAUCAAGCAGCCCUGCCGGUAUCACCUUGCAAGCUACACGCGACCGCUUGAAAACUAUUGUAAAAGGGCAGCAGUUUCUUAUUGUUCUCGAUGACAUAUGGGAAGAAGAUCCAGAUGAGUUGGAAAAACUAAGGACAUUGCUGCGGGGUGCUAAAGCAGGCAGCAAGAUCAUUGCAACCACACGCAGUGUAAAAGUUGCAAAGCUAAUGAAUGGGAGUUUGACAGUAGAAUUAGGUGCUUUACCGGACAAUUACUGCUGGGAGUUGUUCCGAGCAAAGGCAUUUCCAGAUGGAAAGGUGGAUGUUGAUAAGGAAAGUAUAGGAAGACAGAUAGUCAAGAAAUGCAGAGGAAUGCCACUAGCAGCAAUUUCUCUCGGAUACCUUUGCCGGACAACUAAUGAAUGGAAAGCUAUACUGGAUAGUGAUAUCUGGGCAGAAAAUGGAGAUGAUGGACGGUUACUCAAAGAUACGAAAGUGCUACCAUCACUGAAGCUUAGUUAUCAAUACAUGUCUUAUCAUCUCAAGCUCUGUUUUGCAUAUUGCGCUGUUUUUCCAAAAGGCUGGUAUAUAGAGAAGAGUAGCUUGAUUCAGCAGUGGAUUGCUCUCGGAUUUGUUCAGCUCCAUGGCGAAUCGUUCACCGCACAACAAGCUGGAGAAAGAUACCUUGAGGAUCUUCGUGAGAUGUCUUUUCUUCAGGAUGUAGCUGGAAUGUCUCCAACUUUGAAACUACUGCCUAGUGGGUUAUUUAUGUACAUGAAGAAGCUUCUAGUCUUGAAUUUGUUUGGUUGUACCUCUCUUGAAAUUCUUCCUGAAUUUUGCGGGAAGGAUGCUGAUGCUGGCAGCCUGAUGUUGGAGAUUUUGGACUUAUCAGAUUGUACUAAUUUGGCUGCCCUUCCCAAUUCCUGUACCAGUCUUUGUGAGCUCCGGUGUUUAAAUCUAUCAGGUUGUUCGCGAAUUCAGAACUUUCUAAAUUUGAUUCUGUGCUGGAAAUUCGGUAAGUUGGAGUACCUAAAUCUCUCUGGGAUCAGUGCAAAAGCUUAUUCUGAAGAUCCUGGAACCUCUGCGGGAAAUUUAGAGAGUUCAGAAGAUCCCAGCAGAGAACUAGAGCUAGGCAUGAUGCAAGAGGAUAUCGUCACCCAACAUUUGGUUUGUCUUAAGUACCUGUCAGUUGGAGGGUUCACGCUCUUCUCAGAACAAGGCAUUGCAAGCUUGGUAGACCUUCUAACCUUGCCCAAUUUUGAUGUAAGGAUACAACCUGGUGACAACCACAGCAAUAUUACGCUUCUCCAGUAG